GGCCCAAAGGGGAAGCAGCAGUUACAGAGCGGAGGCAGGUGGGCUGGGGGAGGCAGUGCUGGAGCCUGCCUGCCCCCACGGCGCUGAGGGCCCGCAGUCCGCGGCUGGACCAGGAUGAACGGCAAGGCAGGAGCUCCAGAGGUGCUGGGAGCGCUGGCCGUGCUGUGGCUUGGUGCCGUGACCCUGGCCUCCCUCCUGUGGCAAGUGUACCCUCCUCCCAUCUGGAGCCAGGUGCACCCUGAGGAAGAGCCUGCCUGGCCCCGGGCCCACGGCUCCAGCCCGGCCCGGGAGCCCCUGACAGGGGGGGCCCGACAGCUGCAGAAGGACUCCUGCCGGCUCGCACUGGUGGAGAGCAUCCCGCAGGACCUGCCCCCGGCGACGGGUGGCCCAUCGGCCCGGCCGCUGGCCCAGGCGUGGCUGCAGCUGCUGGACGCUGCCCGCGAGGCCGUCCACGUGGCGAGCUUCUACUGGUCUCUCACGGGCCCCGACAUCGGCGUCAACGACUCGUCUUCCCAGCCGGGAGAGGCCCUUCUGAAGAAGCUGCAGCAGCUGCUGGGCAGGAACGUCUCCCUGGCCGUGGCCACCAGCAGCCCGUCGCCGGCCAUGAAGUCCACUGACCUGCGGGUGCUGGCGGCCCAAGGUGCCCAGGUGCGGUACGUGCCCCUGGGGAAGCUCACCGGCGGCGUUCUGCAUUCCAAAUUCUGGGUCGUGGACGGACGGCACGUCUACCUGGGGAGUGCCAACAUGGACUGGCGGUCCCUGACACAGGUGAAGGAGCUGGGCGCCAUCAUCUACAACUGCAGCCGCCUGGCCAGGGACCUGGAGAAGACCUUCCAGACCUACUGGGUGCUGGGGGCGCCCGAGGCCGUCCUCCCCAAAGCCUGGCCUCAGAACUUCUCGUCCCACAUCAACCACUUCCAGCCCCUCCGGGACCGCUUUGAGGGGGUGCCCACCACUGCCUACCUGUCGGCAUCGCCCCCCGCACUCUGCCCGCACGGCCGCACGAGGGACCUGGAGGCGCUGCUGGCGGUGAUGGGGGGCGCCAGGGAGUUCAUCUACGCCUCGGUGAUGGAGUACUUCCCCACCACGCGCUUCAGCCACCCCGCCAGGUACUGGCCGGUGCUGGACACGGCGCUGCGGACAGCGGCCUUUGACAGGGGCGUGCGCGUGCGCCUGCUGGUCAGCUGCUGGCCCCACACCGACCCCAGGAUGUUCCCGGGCCUGCGCUCCCUGCAGGCCCUCAGCGACCCUGAGGCCGGAGUCUCGGUGGAAGUGAAAGUCUUCAUCGUGCCGGUGAGGAACCACUCUAACAUCCCGUUCAGCAGGGUGAACCACAGCAAGUUCAUGGUCACUGAGAAGGCGGCCUACAUAGGCACCUCCAACUGGUCGGAAGAUUACUUCAGCAGCACCUCCGGGGUGGGCCUGGUGGUCAGCCAGAGGGCCUCCCGCGCUCGGCCGGGGGUGCCCACCGUGCAGCAGCAGCUGCGGCAGCUGUUCGAGCGGGACUGGGAUUCUCCCUACGCCGUGGGCCUCGACGGACAAGCGCCGGGCCUGGACUGUGCUUGGCGGGGUUGAGGUCUGGCUGCACCCGAUUCCCCAGGGGCCCCGGUGGCUGCCGCUUCCGCUGUGCCACCCCCCGGUCCCCACCCUCACUAGCCCCGCUCAGGGCCAGGAUUUCCCAGUUCCCAGCAGGUGCAAACCGUUGGCUGGCCCUCAGCAAUCCAAACCAUCCCCUCUUAAACCUCACCUCCUCCAGAGAGCCCUCCAGGAUGCUCCUCCCUGACCCGCAGAGCCACAAUCCCCACCCAUAUGGGAGGGCUUUAGAAUAUACCUGCACCUCCCUGCCUCUCUGUGUGAGUCCUGCACGGGCUGCACCCCCUCCCACUGGCCCCAGCUGGGAGUUCAGCACCCCUGACCCUGUGAGGGUCCCCUGUCCACAUGGCUUCCAGGGGAGGCUGCUCUCCGCCUGUGUGCCACAGAGCCGCUGACUUGCCGGGGCCCGGUCCCUGCCCACAGAACCAGGGGACGGGGCGGGGCCAGGACGGGACGCAUGGCUGUGAGG